AAUGGUUUCCCCGUUUACCAUAUAGCGGUAAUGCAUACUCAUCCCGGGUUCACUGCCGUUCACGUUUGCCAUGGAUCCAAAGCACAGUCAAGACGAACAGAGCGACGUGUUCGCCGGUUUCCGCACGGCUUUUAAAUCGUUCGCCACAGAGGCUAUUCAUGUUGGUCAGGAGCCGGAGCAAUGGAAAUCGAUGGCUGUGGUGCCGCCGAUUUCCCUUUCUACCACGUUCAAGCAGCAGGAACCAGGAAACCACGCCGGGUUUGAAUACAGUCGGAGUGGAAAUCCUACAAGAAACUGUCUUGAGAAGGCUGUGGCAGCUCUGGAUGGGGCAAAGUACUGUCUUGCUCUUGCCUCAGGGCUGGCGGCCACAGUGACCAUCACCCACAUGCUCAAAGCAGGUGAUGGGAUCGUCUGCAUGGAUGACGUGUACGGAGGCACAAAUCGCUACUUCCAAAGAAUUGCUUCUCAAGUUGGUCUGGAGGUGUCUUUUGCUGACUGCACAAAACCAGAGCUGCUUAAGGCUGCACUGAAGGCCAACACUAAACUGGUGUGGAUUGAGACGCCUACCAACCCCACGAUGAAAGUGGUUGACAUCAAAGCCUGUUCUGAUUUGGUCCACGAGCACAACAAGGACAUAGUGUUGGUCGUGGACAACACCUUCAUGUCUGCCUAUUUCCAGCGCCCCUUGGCUUUGGGAGCUGAUAUUUGCAUGUACUCAGCCACCAAAUACAUGAACGGUCACAGUGAUGUGGUAAUGGGUCUGGUUUCAAUGAACCGGGACGAUCUGCAUGAGCGAAUGAAGUUUCUGCAAAAUGCACUGGGUGGUGUACCAUCUCCCUUCGACUGCUUCCUGUGUAACCGUGGACUGAAGACGCUACACCUGCGGAUGGAACGGCACUUCAAGAAUGCAAUGGCCGCUGCCAAGUUUCUCGAGGCUGAUCCCAGGGUGGAGCGUGUCAUCUUCCCAGGGCUGCCCUCUCACCCCCAGUAUGAAGUGAUGAAGAGACAAUGCACCGGGUGCCCGGGGAUGAUCACAUUCUACAUUAAGGGGAAACUUGAGCACGCCACCACCUUCCUCAGUAGCCUCAAAAUGUUUGCCAUAGCUGAGAGUCUGGGUGGUUAUGAAAGUUUAGCAGAACAUCCGGCGAUUAUGACCCAUGCAUCAGUGCCAGAAAAAGAGAGGGAUGUGCUGGGGAUCAGUGACACACUGAUCCGGCUCUCUGUGGGACUAGAGGAUGAGGCCGACAUCAUUGAAGACCUGGAGCAAGCACUUGCUGCUGCUCAUCCAAAGAAGAAAUGAAAUGUCUUCAGGGCGUCCUCGAGGCUGAGGGUGAUUCAUUCAAAGUCAGGAUGAAGACCGGAGGUACCUGAGGUUUUAAAUCAUUGCAGAUCAACACAUGGUACCUCAGUUCAGCGCACAAACGGCACCAGGGAACAAACUGUUCUUAAAAAAAAGAAAAUACAAAUCAUAUGAUCUCUGAACAAUUAACAUUACUGAGAAUCUUUUUAAUGCCUGUUUUACUAGAACAUCAGUUGUAAUAUUAUUUAUCUUCAGCUGGUUUUGCUUGUUUUCAUGUUUGUAUGUGUUUCGUUAUAACUUGGAAGGCAUCAAUGUGGUAAAAGUCCUAUUCAGUCAAGACUGACACAGUAUAAGUUUUUGCAGAAGAAGACCACACACAAUAGUUUAUUUAAUCUUGCUAUAAAUAAUGUGUUUUUCAGGCUGCCUUCUAGUUUUGAUGCACAGACCAGCCUCUAAAUGGAAAGUUUUAUAUCUCUGUACUUAAUGCAUCUGCAACUGUAAUCUGUAUUAAUAAUUUGCUAUAUUUUCUAAUUCUAACUGGCCUAGUUUGCUUUGUAAAACAUGUAGAUGUGCUCUCAUUAGUCGAGUUAGCUAAAUGCGCUAGAUGAUCUUAGAGGCUCUCAAGAAGAUUUAGAUGAAUAUUAUCAUCACCAUAAAGAACAAAAUAAUAUUUACAUAAAAGUGAGUAGAAAUGUGUUCAAUUUUGUUGCAGAAGCAAAAGCAUAAACUGGAUGCCAGCUUUGUUUGACUAGAACUUGAUAUUAUGCUUCAAGUGUUUGUAUGCCUUGUGAAGAAGAGGAGGGCAACCUUAUUCCUCAAGUUUGAGACUAAUCAGGAUAUUUCCCAAUAGAUGAGGGAGUGUUUCGUACGGACAUGCCGUAUUUGGAGCAGACCAGCAAUGACACAGCUGAAGGGUUUUUAUUGUACCAACAGAAAGCUGUUACAGGAGCGUUUCUCAGAACAAUGUUUGAUGAUAAACUUUAUGUGUGUUUGAACUCAAGUGAAAGCAUUUGGGCCAAUGACAAAAGCUAAAUUUCUCCCAGGUCAGGUUUCACAUGGUUUGUAUUUGUGCAAAGAAAAUGUUUUACUCAGGCACUCCCUCCUCCUGCUUUUCUUCCCACGUCACAUCACUGCUCAAGUAUACUCUUCACGAUCAGCGUCAUUUAUGUAACCAACAGAUCCAUUAAAAUUAGUUUGCAGUAUAA